AUGGUCUAUGAGGUGGCGGUGGAUUCAGGGGAGGAGUCUGUCCUGCUGCCAUAUAAAACUAUAGCUCACCUGACAAAGAACUUCAGACAAAUCAGCGUGGAGUGGAGGAACUUAGAAAACGAUCAGCUCAUUGUGCAUAAGUACGGCUCUGGCCAACCUGAUGAACAGGACCAGAUUUACAGAAACAGAACAGAGAUGAAGAAACACUGGCUGAGAACUGGAGACUUCAGUUUAACCCUGAAACACCCAACAGACCUGGAGACCAGCAGCUACUCAUGCACUGUCUACAACAAAGACAAGGUCCUGAAGAAGAAACGAGUGGUGCUGGAGGUCAAAGUCCAACAGGUGGAGGUGGAUUCAGGGCUUAAGUCUGUCCUGCUGCCCUGGAAAACCACAUUUCAUAUAGAGGACGUCAGUCAGGUCACAGUGGAGUGGACGGCCUAUGGUGACAGGAAGGUCCAUGUGUAUGAGGACGGCUCUGACAGAACUAAUGAACAGGACGAUAAAUACAGAAACAGAACAGAGAUGAAAGAAGACCCACUGAGAACUGGAGACCUCAGUCUGAUCCUGAAACACCCCACAGACCUGGACACCCGCACCUACACCUGCACCGUCUACAACAGAGACAAGCAGAUCCUGAGGAGGAAACAAGUGCGUCUGGAGGUCAAAGUCCAACAGGUGAAGGUGGAUUCAGGGCUUAAGUCUGUCCUGCUGCCCUGGAAAACCACAUUACAUAUAGAGGACGUCAGUCAGGUCACAGUGGAGUGGACGGCCUAUGGUGCCAGGAAGGUCCAUGUGUAUGAGGACGGCUCUGACAGAACUAAUGAACAGGACGAUGAAUACAGAAACAGAACAGAGAUGAAAGAAGACCCACUGAGAACUGGAGACCUCAGUCUGAUCCUGAAACACCCCACAGACCUGGACACCCACACCUACACCUGCACCGUCUACAACAGAGACAAGCAGAUCCUGAGGAGGAAACAAGUGCGUCUGAAGGUCAAAGGUCAGUACUGUAGACACAGAUUAAGAGGUGGAGGUAGAGGAGGGGGCAAGGUCGGCCCUGCUGCCCCUUCAGCACAACCCCUGACCUGCCUCAGGACGCCACAGUGGAGUGGAGAUGAAAGUAUCCCUGCACCCCUUCGAUUGGAGUGGAACUGCUGUGUAGUGUUGUCUCUGGAUCUGGAUCACUCUGAACAUAGCUUGUUGUCCUCGUUCUGUCCCUCGUUUCCUUCCCGGCUAACCGAACACUGUGCUCAGUAA